AUGGAUAUUGCAGAUUGCCCUUUCCGGAAGAAACGGAGGCCGUGGAGCCCGGAACUGACCUCCGUGGCCUUGGUCGCCCUGGUGCUCGCGUUGUGCCAGAGCACCCCGGCGCAGGCAGAACCAGUGGAUGUACUGCGAGCCCUGCAGAUUCCAACUCUUCCCGAGGGCGUGAAGAAAGUCCCGGGCUUCUGCACAUCCCGACGCUCAAGCAGCCCUGACAAUGCCUACCGUAUCACCAAGAAAGCCCAAAUCUCAGCCCCUACCAAGCAACUCUUCUCAGGUCGUUUCCCAGAGAACUUCUCCAUCAUGGCCCUGGUGAAGGCCCACGCCGGUCUCCAGGCCUUCCUCCUCUCUAUUUAUAGCGAGCAGGGAGUCCAGCAGUUGGGUAUCGAGCUCGGCCGCUCACCCGUCUUCCUGUACGAGGACCAGCACGGCAAGCCAGCCCCUGAGGAUUACCCGCUUUUCAAAGGCGUCAACCUGGCUGAUGGCAAGUGGCAUCGCAUCGCAAUUUCAGUGUCCAAGAAAAAUGUGACCCUGCUUCUGGACUGCAAGAAGAAGAUGACCCGACCUUUGUCCCGCAGCAACAACGCCGAGGUGGACACCAACGGUAUCACCGUGUUCGGAGCCCGCCUGCUCGACGAGGAAGUGUUCCAGGGAGACAUUCAGCAGCUGCUGAUCGCCUCCAACGCUCAGGCCGCCUAUGACUUCUGUGAGCACUACAGCCCCGAUUGCGACUCCCCCCUGCCCAAGACGCAGGCGCAGGACCCCAACACAUAUAAGACAAAUGGAAAAGCCACCCCCACCAAAGCCUCUCUUGUCAAAGCCAAACCUACCCCAGCUAAGCCAGCAAAGGGCGGGUCCUUCAAAGUAGUCAAGCCUCCUAUUCCCAACAAAGCGCCCAAGACUUCAGCUAAACCACCAAAAUCUAAGCCCACUGCCAAGCCCACUGCCACCGCUGUCUUCUUGUCAAAGAUCAAGACUACAUCGGCUGCUAAGGUGAAGACUACAACUGCCCCAACUAAGAGCGCUAAAGUUGUGGCUGAGAAGAAGGCCAAUGGAAAAUCUGUUGUGGUGAAAACCACUAAAGCGUCAUCCGAGGUCAAAGUAAACGGAAAGGUGGUCGUAGACAAGACAGUCAGCAGUAUUGGAAAGUCUUCCAAUGAGAAGAAAGCAGCGUCCAAGGCCAAUGGGAAAACAAGCGCCGAGGUGAAAGAAGUCAAGGUCAAAGUUAACGGAAAAACCGAGAACAAAGCUAGCAGUGAGGCUAAAGCUACUAGCAACAGCAAAGUUACUGUGGUAGAAAAGAAAGGCGCAAAAAGCGAAACCACUACAAAAACAAAGACUGUUGUCAAAAUAGAGAAGACUAUUGUGAGUGCGGCGACAUCCGCUUCCAAAGUAGAAGCUACCAAAGCGCCCAAGGCCACAAAAGCAGCAAAGGCUGAGCCCACAAAAGCAUCUAAAACGUCUCAAGUCAAGUCAGAAGUCAAAGUAAAAUCGGUGGUCUCUAAAGUCCCCCUUGUCAAGCCUACGGCCGGUAAAGCCAUGAAUACGGUGGUGGAGAAGUUGUCCGUCGUGAAGAAGGUACUCACCACUGCGGCUCCUGUCCGGCCCACCCCACCAAGACCCACCAAGUCCAAGUCCGUGGUGGAUAUCAACAUCAAGUCCAUGCACAAACCUUUCCCACCAUUUGACAAGACCGCGCUGAGUGGCACUGGAGUUCCCAAGAAAUUUGACAACGGUUACCAACAGGAUGUAGACACUGAAUAUUCCGAAGCUGGGAACACCAACACAGAGACCGAUUAUUUCUAUGAGGAGACACUGCCAGAGUCCGAGGGUGAGGUGGUCGCACAAGAGCAGAUCCCCACGCAGCAGACACCGGUGGACACAGCCUUGGCGGGGGAGGAGGUGGACUCUACCAAGACACAAGGUGUUGUUGAGGAGCCCUUCACCGAGGAGUAUGUGACCGGAGAUGUGGGAACGAGGGAAUACGACUAUUCCUAUGCGGAAUACAGCGAGCCCAUGCCUGAGGCCCGAAAGGAGGAAGCCGGUAUUGGCCCCGCCCUGUCCGCUGUGACAGACGAGGCAGACGGAGCCUACAGAGGAAUGAAGGGUGAGAAAGGAGAGCCUGCCGUGCUCGAGCCUGGUAUGCUUAUCGAGGGACCUCCUGGACCUGAAGGACCUGCUGGUCCUACCGGCCCCCCUGGUAGCUCCGGUCCUCCUGGUUCUGUCGGUGACCCCGGAGAGAGGGGACCUCCUGGCAAGGCUGGUCUACCUGGUGCUGACGGAGUUCCAGGACCACCUGGAUCCUCUGUGAUGCUGCCUUUCCGCUUUGGCCAGAGUGGAGGAGAUAAAGGUCCCGUUGUGUCAGCACAGGAAGCCCAAGCAGCUGCCAUCUUGUCUCAAGCCAGAAUGGCUUUGAAAGGUCCUCCUGGACCAAUGGGAUUCACAGGACGUCCCGGACCUCUGGGAAAUCCAGGAAGUCAUGGUCUAAAAGGAGAAAGUGGAGACCCCGGUCCUCAGGGGCCCAGGGGAGCUCAAGGUUUGAUGGGACCUCCAGGCAAAGCAGGAAGGAGAGGCCGUGCCGGAGCUGAUGGAGCCCGGGGAAUGCCUGGAGAGCCCGGUACUAAGGGUGAUCGUGGCUUUGACGGUCUUCCUGGUUUGCCAGGCGACAAAGGACACAGGGGUGACACUGGAGCAUUGGGACCCCCUGGACCUCAAGGAGAGGACGGCGAGAGGGGUGAUGACGGCGAGGUCGGACCCAGAGGUCUCCCCGGUGAAGCAGGACCUCGUGGUUUGCUUGGCCCCAAAGGUCCUCCAGGAAUUCCCGGACCUCCUGGAGUUCGAGGAAACGAUGGACCCGUUGGUCCCAAAGGCAACCUGGGUCCUCAAGGUGAGCCCGGACCUCCAGGUCAGCAGGGGACAUCAGGAACUCAGGGAAUGCCAGGACCUCAGGGUGCCAUGGGACCCCCAGGAGAGAAGGGACCUACAGGAAAACCAGGUCUGCCAGGAAUGCCAGGCGCUGACGGCCCUCCUGGUCACCCAGGAAAAGAGGGGCCAACCGGCACCAAAGGAAACCAGGGCCCUAACGGCCCCCAGGGUGCUAUUGGUUAUCCUGGCCCUCGCGGAAUCAAGGGGGAGCAAGGAAUUCGAGGACUGAAGGGCCACAAGGGAGAGAAGGGAGAAGAUGGCUUCCCUGGAAUCAAGGGAGACUUUGGUGUCAAAGGAGAGAGGGGUGAGAUCGGCGUUUCAGGCCCCAGAGGUGAGGAUGGCCCAGAGGGACCAAAAGGUCGAGUCGGUCCCCCUGGUGAGGUCGGUCCUCUCGGUCCCAUUGGCGAAAAGGGCAAACUCGGAGUACCUGGACUUCCGGGCUACCCUGGAAGACAAGGACCCAAGGGAUCUCUAGGAUUCCCAGGAUUCCCUGGCACUAACGGCGAGAAAGGAACAAGGGGUCUGGCAGGCAAAUCAGGACCAAGAGGACAAAGGGGCCCAACGGGUCCUAGAGGACAGAGAGGACCACGAGGGGCCACUGGAAAGCCUGGCGCAAAGGGAACUUCAGGAAGUGACGGCCCCCCUGGUCCACUUGGAGAGAGGGGACUGCCCGGACCUCAGGGAGCCAAUGGUUUCCCAGGACCAAAGGGACCGCCUGGACCACCAGGAAAGGAUGGACUGCCUGGACACCCCGGCCAGAGAGGAGAAGUUGGUUUCCAAGGAAAGAUGGGUCCACCAGGUCCUCCUGGAGUUGUCGGACCUCAAGGCCCAUCUGGAGAGACUGGUCCCUUAGGUGAGCGUGGCCAUCCUGGACCACCAGGUCCACCUGGAGAGCAGGGACUUUCAGGCCCCUCGGGCAAGGAAGGCACAAAGGGAGAUCCAGGCCCCCCUGGAGGUCCAGGUAAAGAUGGACCCCCUGGACUGAGAGGUUUCCCAGGAGAGAGAGGACUGCCCGGUACCCCAGGUGGUGGAGGACUUAAGGGAAGCGAAGGACCCCCCGGACCACCUGGAUCUGCUGGAUCUCCUGGUGAGAGAGGUCCUGCUGGCACUGCUGGACCUGUCGGACCCCCUGGUAGACCAGGCCCACAAGGACCUCCUGGUAACGCUGGAGAGAAGGGUGUUCCUGGUGAGAAAGGCCCAAUCGGCCCUGCAGGUCGGGAUGGAGUCCAGGGUCCAGUGGGUCUUCCAGGCCCUGCCGGAACCCCAGGAGGACCUGGUGAGGACGGAGAUAAGGGUGAGGUCGGUGAACACGGCCAGAAGGGAGCCAAGGGAGGAAAAGGAGAGCACGGACCUCCUGGUCCACCUGGGCCAAUGGGUCCCGUUGGUCAACCUGGUCCUGCUGGUGCUGAUGGUGAGCUCGGACCAAGGGGCCAACAGGGGCCUUUUGGUGCCAAGGGAGAUGAAGGAUCCCGAGGAUUCCCCGGAGCACCUGGACCCAUUGGACUGCAGGGAUUGCCUGGACCACCAGGCGAGAAGGGUGAGAAUGGAGAUGUUGGACCUUUGGGACCUCCAGGCCCACCAGGACCCCGUGGCCCAGCUGGACCAAGCGGAGCUGAUGGCCCUCAAGGUCCUCCUGGAGGUUUGGGUAAUCCUGGCCCUAUUGGAGAGAAGGGAGAGCCUGGAGAGGCUGGACCACCCGGAAUCGGUGGAGAACCAGGAAAGAAGGGUCCUCGCGGUGAGCGUGGAGAGAAGGGAGAGGCCGGACAACCUGGAACCGCUGGUGUUGCUGGAGGACGAGGACGACCUGGAGAUGAUGGUCCUAAAGGAAAUCCUGGUCCAGUUGGUUUCCCUGGUGAUCCUGGUCCUCCUGGUGAGGUUGGACCCAGAGGUGCAGAUGGUGCCAAAGGAGAGCAAGGAGAAGAUGGUGAACAGGGAGAAUCUGGUUCUCCUGGUCCCCCUGGAGAGAAUGGACCUCCUGGCCCACCAGGAAAGAGGGGUCCUGCUGGAGCAAGAGGAGCUGAGGGGCGACAAGGAGAAAAGGGAACCAAGGGUGACACAGGUGCCCUUGGCCCACCAGGAAAGACCGGUCCAGUUGGUCCUCAGGGCCAGCCAGGAAAACCAGGAACUGAAGGUCUGCGAGGUCUCCCAGGAUCAGUGGGUGAGCAAGGAUCUCCCGGCCCAGCCGGACCAAAGGGACCACCCGGACCUGUUGGACCACCUGGUUUGCUCGGUCUGCGAGGAGACCCUGGUGCGAAAGGAGAGAAAGGACAUCCAGGUCUUAUUGGCCUUAUUGGACCUCCAGGAGAGCAGGGAGAGAAGGGAGACCGAGGUUUGCCCGGACCUCAUGGAUCCAACGGACCCAAGGGAGAGACUGGAAUGCCCGGUGGCACUGGACCCCUUGGCCCUGCUGGUCCUCCUGGUCUUCCUGGUCCUCAAGGAGUCAAAGGAGCAAAGGGAGCUUCUGGAGGAUCUGGUCCUAAAGGAGAAAGAGGUGUUCCCGGACCUCCAGGACCUCCUGGUGCACCUGGCGAGGUCAUCCAGCCACUCCCCAUACAGAGAAGCCCUAAAUCCAAGCGCUCCAUCGACGCCAGCCAAUUGCUCCCUGAAUCUGACCCGGAAAUGCCCGCCUCCGACACAGCUGGCGCAGAGUUCAUGAUGGCCAGCGAAGGCAUGGAGGAGAUCUUCGGCUCCCUCAACUCACUAAGGCAGGAGAUCGAAACCAUGCGAUUCCCCAUGGGAACCCAGGACAGCCCUGCAAGAACCUGCCAGGAUCUCCGCCUCAGCCAGCCCGAGCUCCAAGAUGGAGAGUACUGGAUCGACCCCAACCAGGGCUGCUCCAGAGAUUCCUUUAAGGUCUUCUGUAACUUCACCAGUGGUGAAACAUGCCUGUAUCCACAGAAGAGCAUCAGCACGGUGAAGAUGAGUUCGUGGGAAAAGGAAACUCCGGGUACAUGGUACAGUGAGUUCGCUACAGGUGGAAAGUUCUAUUACGUGGACUCUGAUGGUGAGCCAGUGGGUGUAGUCCAACUGGGAUUCCUGCGCCUCCUGAGCGUCGUAGCCCGCCAGAACCUGACCUACAACUGCCAUCGCUCUGUGGCCUGGGCCGACCAGAGCGCAAACAACAACCACGAGAGGGCACUGCGCUUCCAGGGCGCCAAUGAAGAGGAGCUGAGCUAUGAGACCAACCCGUACAUCAAAGCGCUGGUGGACGGAUGCUCUUAUCGCAAAGGCUUCGACAGGACAGUGCUGGAGAUCAACACGCCACAGGUGGAACAUCUCCCUCUGCUGGACAUCAAAGUGUCAGACUUUGGGGAGAGCAACCAACAGUUUGGAUUUGAAGUGGGACCUGUGUGCUUCCAAGGCUAA